ACUCAUUAGGAGAUAUUAGUGCUAUUUACAUCUUUAAACUUACAUGCACAAGAGGAUAUUUAAUAUGUCACCUAUUUCUCCAUUAAUAAAUAACAACUGGAAUUAAAUUGAAAUUAUAAAAAGUCUCAAAUCCAUACAUUACAAUUCCUAAGGGAUUAUAUUUUCUUAAAUUAAGGAGAAACAGGAAUAUUCAAAUGCUUCCAUUUAAUGUAUAAAUAUUUUAGGUAUGAGUGAACAGUUUUGAAAGUCAAUGUUUAAAUGUUAAAAUUAGAUACAGAAUUUCAUUCCUAAGAAAAAUUACGGAUCUUUUAAAAAGCUUAGUAUUCUCCUUAUAGCUCUGGGAAUGGAAGUAUUUUAGGGUAUAUACAUUUCUGAAAUUUAAUAGGGGGAUACUAAAUAUUGUAAUGUCUUAUGCUUAGGACAAAGAAGGCAUAGGCCCUUUCCUCCACACCUUUCAAUGUAGAUUAGGUGUUAUGUUUGUGAUUUGAAGGGGAAAUAGGCAACCAAAAAUGGAGUUGCUAAUUAAAAACUGGUUUUGCCAUUUUCUUACAUGUUAGUUUUUUUUAUUUUAUUUAGGAUUAUAACUAUGAAAGUCUGUUCAUUAUGACUUUUUCAUAGUACUAACAUGCAUCAUUUUCACUUGAGGGCAUGGGCCUAAGAACCUGACACCUGCAACUUAGUUCUAUUUUUAGAUAAUAUAUGACCUUGAGUAAUUUCUCUAAAUUAGGCACACACACACACACACACACACACACACACACCAACCUUUUUCUCACAGUACCCUUGGACUUAUUUAGAAGGUACCUUUAUUCCAACUUUAUAACAUCAAGAUUUGUUUUUUUGAAAAGGGAAAAGAUAUUUCCAGUUUAGGUUAUGGGUUUCUAAUGUCAUCAUUUUAAGAAAAUUGGUUAAAAAAAAUCUAAGAAAUCAAUGGGUCACUUUUAAGAGUAAUAUAGAGCUAUAAAAGCAAUCUUCCCUCUUUAUUUUUGUUAGGAUAUGGUGAUACAGAAGUGUAAGUCCCUUCAGAGUAUCAAAAGUUUCCUUUAUUGUGGCUCUCUAGUACAUGUGAAACAGCUUAUCAUGUAACUUUUAUGUAGAGUUUCUGUGACACGUAUUUUUUUUCUUAGCUUUGUGCAUUAGAGGAAAAUGGGAUCUUGGGUUUUCUGUUAGCACUUCCCUCACUGGGAUAUAUUGAAGAGGUUGACUGGCUACUAAUGUCUUUAAAUGAGAUCUUCCUAAUACGAUUGUGAGGUGAUUGGAUUCCAUCCAGAUUCCCAGGGCUUUCUCAGAUGAGGAAACAAGAUCAGAGUUUUCUUGUCCUGGCGUCUCCUAGUUAAGCCGGGGAACCAAGUUUUUGAAAACCUUAUUUCCAUGCCAGUGUUCUCUUUCACUAGACCAUACUGCUUCUUUCUCACCUCCAUCCUCCAAAUCAACCAAGGUCCAACUUUAAUUUGUACUUAACAGUGGUAACCAUUAAAGUUUGGAACAAACGGAUCUUCCCUGUACAACUGAAUAUAGUUAUUCAAAUUUUUAAAAAGUGGCUUAAUUUUACAGUUAGGAUGCCGUGAAUAAACUAACGAGUCAACCUGGGAGCAGCUUUACUAUGGAUAAGCCAGUAAGACACCACCAGGAAGGAGGUGGGCGGAGCAAUAGGUGAUGCUGUACCGCGUCUGGACACCCCGGUCCGGACGCAGGCCCAGUUCGCGGCGGAAGCAGGGCCCCGCCCCGUCCCGCCCCGCGGACCGCGGGUUCCGGGCGCCGGCGGGCAGUUGCCUGGACGCUGCUGUGAGGGGCCGUAGGAGGGACGGAGGAGGCCAUGUUUCGGCUGCCGGAACUUUAUUUGAGGAAGAGGCGGUUGGAGCCGUCCCCCAUCUCCCGGCCUGAUGAUCAUUCGGGAUUACGAUUAGGGAUGUGGUAUUGGAAAGAUGAAACCAGAACUCUUGAAUUCAGAAGUUUUACACCUGCAGUAGAACUCAAGGAAAAAGGAAAGAAAGGCAAAGCAGUUCAUUUUGCUGAAAUCGAUGGCCCAGCUUCAGAGAGGUUGGCAGAUAAAAGAUUUGUUGCAAGAGAUGAUAAAUCAACUAAAGCCUUAGAGAAACGAGGUCAGCAGGGCAACGUGACAUUGGAUGAUGCUAAAUAUGUUGCCUUGCUUUUGCUGCAAGAGACUGAGAUGCAGCGUAUCUGUUCUUUCACAACAUUUAUGAGGAAUAAGAAUCUUGACAAUUUCCUCAUGGCAUUAUUGUACUAUUUAUCUCACUUCUUGCAAAAAAACUCACUGGAAAAGAAACCCAAAAGCUAUAUGGUGGGCCGUGUAGAGAAAAAAGAGAUGGAACUGGUUCUAAGUAAGUUAGCAGCAGCACAGAAAUACUUGGCACAGAAGUACUGUGUCCUUGUUCUUGGCUUGGGGAUGCCGGACAAGCACCAUAUGUGCUGUGGAAAGGAGAAAAUAUCAGAUACACAAAAAGACUGGAAAUUCUUUGAGUCGUUUUUUACUUUCUGUACACACAUAGCUUGGAUUGUCUUCCGACGUCAACACUUGACAGAGAUUGAGGAAGAAAUAGGGAGGCUUUUUCGUACCAAUAUGUUCAACAUUCCUCGAAGGAAGCAUGAGGAUGAAGAAUCGGGGGGGGAGAAGAAACGCAUGACUUUUGUGCAAUUUAGGAGAAUGAUGGCAAAACGCCCAGCAAUUAAAAAAGCCAUUAACAUGCGCUCUCCAGUCAUGUCUACUCUGCUGCCCUCUCUCAAAGAAAAAGCUCAGAAUAUCUUUGAGAAAAAGUAUCACCAAGCAGGCAUCAGACUCCCUGCCCAGAUCCAAAAGCACAUGGAUAGCCUGGACUCAGUGCCCAUGCCAAUAGUUGGCAUCUUGGGGGAGCCUCGAUGUCUGUUCAACCCCCAUACCCUUCUUCCUCUUGAACCAGAAGAAAACAUGAACUCAUCUGGGAGAAAUCAUUCUUUAAUAGAAAGAAAUAACACCAGGAUUCAGGAUACACUGGACUUCGUCAUGAGAGCACUGUCCUCUAAUGUAACAGUCUCUAAAUAAUCUGUUGGAAAACCUGUGGCACUGUUAACUGCUUUCUGGGCAGCCUCUUUAGCUUGGUGGGCUUGUAGUGCCAGCUACAGCUUCAUCAACCUCAGAACAGAGACUCUGGAAGACUCAAGCAUAUAAAGAAGUUCUGAAUUACCAAUUUCCAGGAAUAUGUCAGUGCUUUUACCAGCAAAGGUAGGGUGCAUGGCUUGAAUGAGAGGAAAUAGAUGUUCGCCCCAACAUUUGCUUCUGCUUUUGCGGAGGGGCAGAUGUCAACAUGGAACCAAAGUUUCCUGAUCUUGUGCAUGAAUAGCAAGCUGCUGCAUAAUAACUUAUGGCUGUGUAUUAAGAUGUUGAACAUUGCCAACUCCUGCAGCAUGUUUAUACUGUGGAAUGACCUAGACAACAGGUGCAACUGCAACUGCAGCAGCCACAGGACAUGGACCCAUUGUCUGUGUUACUGUAUUAGCAACACACUGUGUUGACAUGACUCAUGGAAUCUGUGAAGAAGCUGAUCUCAAUUCUAAAUGGUGGUCUAGUAGCAGCUGGAUGGAUAGCAUGGCAUAUUUUGGAAUGGAUGAGG